UUCUGCACCUGGAUAUUGUUGGUUGUCCACAGGUUCAAAAAAAACCGAACCGAACUGGCAGGUCGGAACGGAAACGGGUGAACUGUCCCUUUUCCCAUUUGGGUUAUCAAUUAACCCGCAAAAAUCCAGCCUUUCACGUAAAUCCGUCCUGGAUGGAAAUCAAUCCCUUGUCGAUCCCUUGGCCAGUGAAAGAGCUUAAGAUUAGAAAAAUUCAAACCAGAAAAAUUCAGAUCAGGUCAGAAACAUUCAGAUCAGAUCAGAAAGAUUCAGAUCAAAUCAGAAGCAUUCAGACCAAAUCAGAUCAGAUCAUAUCAGAAACAUUCAGAUCAGAAUUAUUAUUAUUAUUAUUCCGUAUUAUUAUUGUUGUUGUUGUUGUUGUUGUUAUUGUUGUUCUUAUUAUUAUUAUUAUUAUUAUUAUUAUUAUUAUUAUUGGGCCAACCAAAUGUGGGGGCGGAGCGCCCUGCCGACUAUGACUUCGGAGUUGAGGCCGUCGAAGGGGAUGAUCUGCAGACGUUUGACUUAGGCAUUCCGUGGACACCCCCCAUCACAUCGUUCUUAUCCACAAUGUUGUCGGGAUUGCGCAAGCUUUCUCAAGCAGGACCUUAAAAGAUUUUAAAAACGUGCUUACCCUUUCCCUUAAUUGUCAUUCUUAAAGGAUUUUAAAAAAUAAAAUAUAACAUAAAAUAAGUCAAAUAAAAAAACAAAUAAAACAAAAUAAAUAAAUAAAAAUAUACAGGCCUCAACCACCACCUCAACCACCUUCCAGCACCGCCGACUCUGGGCACCGAAAAAGAAUGCCAAAUUGAAAAAAAUAUCUUCGUGAUGACAAUUUUGAAAAACAAAUCUAAAUAUUUUCACCGACAACUAAGAGACUAUAUUUCAAUAUCACAAAAGCACUAUGAAAUACUUGUAUUAAAGACAAUUUAAAUAAUCAAAUAUUAUUCCUCUUGUUUUUUGAUAAAUCAAGAUUUCCUUUAUUAUUUCUUACUUCUAAACUACUAUUCAUUAACUUCUUCCCUACAAUUUUUUUUUUUAACUUUUUCCGUUAAUGGAAAUCCAAAAGAGAAUGAACAAAAAAAGAAAAAAAAAUGAAAAUGAAGAGAAAAGGGAAAGAAAAUUGUGGAGCUCCAUUCAUUGAAAAGAAAAGGGAACGCAAGACAAAAAAAAAAUAACACGUACGUUUUUAAAAUAAAAAAGGAAAUAAAAUUGAUACUCCACUACUAUACGUAUAUGAAAGACAAAGAAAAGCAAAAAUAAAAGAAAAGAAAUCCAUCUACGACCACCCUACGUUCAUAAUACUACGUACGAAAGGACUUCAAUAAAGAACAUUUAAAGCAACUUCAAUGCAAGGGUCUGGAUCUCUUACACACUCUUACGCAUGGGUCUCAUUUUUUAUCUCACAAUUUUUAUGUGUAGGUCCCACGUAUUCCUAAUUUAUUUAUUUUUAAAUUUUUUUAUAUCACUUUUAACCCACUUUUCAUCAACUUUUUCUUCUCGAAUCCCGUGUAAGGUCCAUAUAUGGACCUUGUCAUAGACCUUGGUCCAUUUUUACCUCUCUCUCUCAUCUUUUUCAUUUUUCCCUACACACCACUUCAUCCAAAUAUUUAUUCUAUCUCUAUCUCUCUCUUAUGCCACAUCAGCUGCAAUGCACCCUCCCAUUGGAGAUGCUCUUACCGGCUGCAACAAGUCAUUCCAGGUCACAUUGGUUUAAUUGAUCAUUUUUAGAGAGCAAGUAUAUCUAUAUGAUGCUUAAUUUUGUACAAGGGUUUAUGUGAUGGUUUCAAAAAAUU